CGUAUUCGUGGUGCAAGGAUCUAUCAGAAUAAACAUAGACAUCCUAAUGAUUUGAAGUUGCAGAAUCCUGGAAGUGUUGCCCCUGCCACCAAUUCAAGGCUCAAACCACUUAAUCCUGAACCUGCUGAUUAUAAUUAUUUUGGUGCGACCGUCGAUAUACCUCUUGAUGCAUUAACUGACCUGAAAAAGAAGGAAAAGGAACUUCAAGCCAAAGAGGCUGAAUUGAGAAGACGAGAACAGGAAGUCAGACAGAAAGAGGAAGCUGCUGCACAAGCUGGAGUUAUAAUUGAGAAGAAGAAUUGGCCACCAUUUUUUCCAAUCAUACAUCAUGAUAUUACAAACAAAAUUCCAGUUCAUCUUCAG